UGUGAGUGUGAGUGUGAGUGUGGGUUGUCGGAUUGUCCGCCUCGCUCUUCCACGGCAUCGGCAUGGGUAGUUUGCAUUGCUGGCCCACCGUGCUUCGCGGGGACUCCUUACUUCUCCUCCAACUUUUGGACGCCACCAAGAACUUCAUAGAGGUUGUGAACCGUAUGCGUCGGCGGCGAAGUGGUGGGCUGGUAUCGUGGGGUACAGCGGUGAAGUUCCUGGCAGCGCGUAAGUUUGACGUGGCACGAGCCGUGGCACUGUACGAGCAGCACGAGGCGACUCGUCAGCGCGAGGGCCUCGUACACUUUGACCCCACGCAGGAACCAUUGAAAAGCGAACUGGACACCGGCAAGUUCACGAUUCUGCCGACCAGAGACGAAUCAGGAGCAGCAAUUGCAGUGUUCACAGCCAGGAUACAUUCUCCCCAGCUAUCCUCGCACCAGACCACACUUCAGGGCGUGGUGUACCAGCUAGAUGUUGCGCUGGAGAGCGUUGACACGCAGCACAGCGGACUAGUCUUCAUCUACGACAUGUCCAACUCUAAGUACUCCAACUUUGACUACGAGCUCAGUCAGAAGAUACUCACCUUGCUCAAGGUAUAGUUGAGUCACCAACUGAUUUAUUGCACUGUUUUGACAAAUGAUCUCAUAUAGUUUUGUUGUUGAAAUUUUGUUAUUUCUGUAAUGCAGUGUGAAACUGGCCAUUGUUGUGAAGCAUAAUGGUGCGCCUGGGGCAAUCCCAACCAGUGUUAACAUGUAUAGGGCUUCUACAACACAUAAUGGUGUGCCCCAAUACCCAAAAAGUGUGCACAAUGGCAGUGAAUAAAUUACCUUAGUUUUGAUGUAUUUAAACUUUUUUUUUAAAUCGCCCUUAAACUCAAAAUGUUCUAAUUGGCAACAUCUCUUUAUGGUACCUUUUGAUGAAGGGUAUAAAAAGUAAUAAUUCAGCUCAAACCGCAUCUUACAUUGGUUUUCGAAACGUUCAGGAUCAAC